AUGACCACCACACUCUCUCAGGAAGCAGGCAAGAAACUGCUGCUCGACUUCUACAAGGCCUGCGACGCAUUUGACUUCCCUGCCAUCCAGGACUAUCUCACUGAAGAUUGCAAAGCGGACAUCGGGAAUGCUGUCGUCUGCGGAAAUCCGGAUGAGGUGGUAGCGCACUUCCAAAGGGUUUUCACGCCUCUAGAGUCGUUCACACACCAGAUCGACCACGUAGAUGUCGUAGGCGAUCGGAUCUACUGCCUGCAGACGGCGUUGGUAGUGGUCAAGGAUGAGCCACGAGAAGGCAAAGAUCGUGUCAUCUCGUUUCAAGGCAUGGUGAUGUUCCGCGUGAGUCUGGAAAGCGACCAAAUUUGGAGAAUCCAAUACAUCAAAGGCGUUGCGGACGGGUCAACCGUGUUCAAGAGAAUUACCGAGCUCAAAAGCCAGCAAGACGGAAAGUAG